UUUUUUUUGUUUUAUAUCACACAUAAAAAAUUAUCAUAUAUAUUAUUAUUUUUAGUAAUUUUCACAUAUUUAUUAUUUUCUUUAGUUUCCGUUUCAGCAUUGUGUUUGGAGUUUUGUUUCUACUCAUUCAGUUAGAAGAACCCAACACAACACACAAAUCCCAUGUUUCUGUCUCUCUUGAGAUUUCACCAUAGUUUUUUGUUUGUUUGAUGUAAAAGGGUUCUUCACAUUACUGAUCAAUCUAGGGUUCAAGAUUUUAUUUUUUGGGGCUUUUGAUCUGCUUUGAUCUACUUUCCCUCUUCACCCAUUUUAAAAUUAUGGGUUUUGUUGGGUUUCAUGUUUUGAGUUUUAUUGAGCUAUAAAGUUGUGAUUUUUAGGUUUUAGUUGGGAAUUGGUAAUCUGGGUAUGUGUUGUGGAGGGUGUUACCCAUUUUAAAUUAAUGGGUUUUGUUGGAUUUCAUGUUCUGAGUUUUAUUGAGCUAUAAAGUUGUGAUUUUUAGGUUUUAUUUGGGAAUUGGUAACCUGGGUAUGUGUUGGAGGGUGUUUUUGAGGUUUGAUGAUUUCUGGGUUUGAUUGUUUAGGGUUUGAUAAAAAUGGGGUUAGGUGGUGAGAAUGCUAAGGUGGUAGUAGAGUCUUUGGAUGUGUGUAAAUCAAAAGGGAGAAAGAAGAAGAAGAAGCAAGAUGGGGUGGGGGAAGAUGAAGAAACUGAAACUGGGUGUUGGCUUAGCUUUAGGUUCAUUGGAAGCUGCAUUUCGACAAGAUCCAAAGUUGAUAGCUCUGUUAGUGGCGCAAGUACUAACUAUGCUGAAAGCAAAUCAACUAUUGAUACGAGUAGAGACCAGCCAUCGGUUCCAGUAGUCUCUUCGACAACCACUACUACUAGUAAUGCUGAAAGCAACUCAUCUACUUCGAAACUUGAAGAGGAGCUUAAAGUUGCAUCCAGGCUUCGGAAAUUUUCUUUCAAUGAUCUUAAGUUGGCAACAAGAAAUUUUCGGCCCGAGAGUCUUCUUGGUGAAGGUGGGUUUGGUUGUGUGUUCAAAGGAUGGAUUGAAGAAAAUGGAACUGCUGCCGUGAAACCCGGCACAGGACUUACCGUUGCUGUCAAAACCCUUAACCACGAUGGACUACAAGGUCAUAAAGAAUGGCUGGCUGAAGUAAAUUAUCUCGGUGAUUUAGUUCAUCAAAACCUUGUCAAACUUAUAGGCUAUUGUAUCGAAGAUGAUCAAAGGUUGCUAGUUUACGAGUUUAUGCCUCGUGGAAGCCUGGAAAACCACUUGUUUAGGAGAGCCUUGCCUCUUCCGUGGUCCAUUAGGAUGAAAAUUGCACUUGGAGCUGCAAAGGGACUCGCGUUUCUUCAUGAGGAAGCCGAACGGCCUGUAAUAUACAGGGAUUUCAAAACUUCGAAUAUACUAUUGGAUGCAGAGUACAACGCCAAGCUCUCCGACUUUGGACUCGCAAAAGAUGGUCCGGAGGGUGAUAAAACCCAUGUGUCUACUCGAGUUAUGGGAACUUAUGGUUAUGCCGCACCAGAAUAUGUCAUGACAGGGCAUCUUACAUCAAGAAGCGAUGUGUAUAGUUUUGGAGUUGUACUACUUGAGAUGAUAACCGGGCGAAGAUCCAUGGACAAAAACCGACCGAAUGGCGAACAUAACCUCGUGGAAUGGGCAAGACCGCAUCUAGGAGAAAGACGAAGAUUCUACAGAUUGAUUGACCCUCGGUUGGAAGGUCACUUCUCGAUAAAAGGAGCUCAAAAAGCCGCCCAUUUAGCUGCUCACUGUCUUAGCCGAGAUCCAAAAGCAAGACCACUAAUGAGCGAAGUUGUAGAAGCAUUGAAGCCUCUCCCAAACCUAAAGGACAUGGCUAGUUCAUCAUACUAUUUCCAGACGAUGCAAGCCGACCGUUUUAGCGCGAGUCCGAAUACUCGAAACGGUAGACAAGGAGCGUUCACGCGGAACGGACAACAACAGAGGAGCCUUUCCAUAUCACAUGGCACUCAUGCCUCUCCAUUUCACCAUCAAUAUCCUCAACACUCACCAAAACCAACCGGAAAGGCGCAAAGUUGAUGAAUUUUCUUUCUCACUUUACCUUUUCAUUAUUUCUUAUUUUCUAAGUAUAGAUGUAAUGUAACUUAUCUUGUGAAGCCAUUUGUUCAUGGACACAACUUGAGGGCAAAAGAAAGCAUGAAUGUAAAGGGCAAGUGAAGCUUAUUGAGCUAACUAACUACAUGCAUGUUUUGUUUGAAUCACCAUGAAUUUGACAAAAUUACAUUAACACCCUGUUUUUUUGUUGAAGCUUGAAAAUUGUAUGCUAUAAUUGUGGUAUCAAAGAGUGCGGCUACUUAAAUUAAUCAAUGUCUUUUGUUUAUGGAAAGAUGAGAAAGAAGCUUUAUUUGCAUUAAUUUA